CGCGUGUCUCUCACACGCACCGCGACGUGUCCUCCUCAUCUUUCGUGUCGUCCCCCGUGUCUGCUGCGACUAUGCACCGCGCCCUCUGCGACGGCGACAGCGUGCUGUCUCUCUCCAGUCCUUGUGUACGCGACUUCUGGAGCGCCGUCGUUCCCGCAACCUUUGUCGCGCUCGUCCUCGUUACCUCCGUUCCCAUCCCCCGCCCUCUGCGCGCCACGGUCUAUCGUGUGUCGUGGCCGUUCCGCAACUUCCUAACCCUUCCUGAGGCGGAGGCCCUUGAUGUCUCGCGUGACGACUUCGGCGAGAGCCUACCCGCGAAGAGUGCGCCGCCCGCCCCGCUCUGGCGUACUCUCCUACUGUCCUCGAUCGCACUGUUCGAGACUCUCGGAUGGCUCAGUGUCGCAUGCUUUACGAUUCUCCUGCCUGAUCGGCUCUCGAAUGCCAUUUUCUCGUUUCUCGUUGCCGCUACGUGGCUAUAUGCGACUGUCCGUCCGAUGCUCUUUCCCACCGCCACUCCGCCUGCAGACUUGCUUGUCCUAUUUACUUUGCAUCUUGUGUUUGCUACGCUCACAUUCGGCGGCGCGCUGUUCGACCAUAGUGUCCUCGGCAUGCCUCCCCCUUCGUCGGUUACCAUGGCAGGGUAUAUAGGCAAUCUGGUGGCGAUCUCGCUGUUACUACUUGUCAUCCUGAACAUGCCUCUUGACAUUCCGAGCAGCUACAUCAAGGAAGAGGAUAUCGGACGCACUGUCUCGCCCGAGGACUAUACCUCCCUUUGGGGCUGGAUGUCCUUUCGCUGGGUGCUGCCUCUUGUCGAGCGCGGCACCUACAAUACUCUCAACGAAUCGGAUAUCUGGGCACUGAGCCCGACGAUGCAGUCCCGCCCACUUUACAUCAAAUUCACCCGCACGCUUCGCAGCACCCUUCUCCGGCGGCUGUGGGCGGCCAACGCGCUCGAUCUCAUUCUCGACUUUGUUCUCACAUACGUCAGCAUCGUGUUCAACUACGCGGGGCCAUUCUUUCUCAAGCGUAUCCUCGACUCGCUCGAUGUGCGGGAUGAGCAUUCUCACGAGAAAAGGGCAUUGGCGUACAUAUAUGCGAUGUUAGCGUUCUUGUCGACGCUGUGCAAGGCCCAAGCAGAUGUGCAGCACUUGUGGUUCGGUCGGCGCGCGGCGACGCGCAUUCGAUCAGAGCUCAUGGCCGCUAUCUACGACAAGGCGUUGAAGCGCAAGGACUUCUCGGGCAUUGUUGACAAGGACGCAAGCAAGGCAGCUAAGGCGCCCGAUGCUGCUGGUAAGAGCAGUGCGAAGGCGGAUGCAAAAGCAGACGAUCCUAAGGCGGGCGCAGACAUUGGCAAGAUCGUGAAUCUGAUGGCAGGCGAUGCGAAUAAGAUCUCGAACGUGGUUGCCGGGUCGCAGAUGAUUUACGGAGCGCCAUUUGAGAUUGCGAUUGCUGCGACAUUCCUUUACCAGCUGCUGGGCUGGUCUGCAUUCGUCGGGUUCAUCGUCCUCGUCAUCGGCUGGCCGCUUAACAACUAUGUCUCUCGGCGAGCGGUGCGCAUUCAUAAGGGACUGUCGAACGCGCGAGAUAAGCGCAUGGGCGUGCUGAACGAGUUGAUUGGCGCAAUGAAGUUCAUCAAGUUCUUCGCAUGGGAGGAUCGAUGGAUCAAGCGCGUCAUGGACGCGCGUGAGGUCGAGAUGAAAUGGAUGAUCAAGUCUCGCGUGAAUGCCGUAUGUUUCUCGCUCAUAUGGGUAUGCGCGCCGAUUCUGGUGUCUGUGACGUCUUUCUUUGUGUAUGUGAUCCAGGGGAAUGUGUUGACGGUUGGGACCGCGUUCACGGCUAUUGCGCUGUUCAAUAUGAUCAGAGGUCCGUUGAACGUUAUCCCGGCAUGGAUCGUGCAAAUUUUGCAGGCCGGCGUGGCGAUGAACCGAAUCGCGACUUACCUCGACGAAGACGAGGUCGAUGGACAGGUGUCUACCCUCAAGCGCGGGCCCAUGCAGCCCUCCAUCGGUGUGGAAGAAGGCCUCGGGAUUGUCAACGGGACGUUCAAGUGGAACGAGGUCGAGGAGCCUCUGGACAAGCAGAAGGGAGUGGAUCGCUCACGCAGCUCAUCGGAUGAGACAGCUACGGCGGUGGAUAGCCAGUCGGUUUUAGGUAUAGGCGCAAAUGGAGACCACCGGUUUGAGCUGAGAGAUAUUAAUGUGAUAUUUCCCGAGGGCGAGUUGACGGUUGUCACCGGGCCGACUGCGAGCGGGAAGACUGCUCUUCUGAUGGCACUUCUCGGCGAGAUGACGCGUCUGGAGGGGCGGAUCGUGAUGUCGAAGAAUCCGUCGCUGGUCGACCGCUACGGGCUCGCUCACACAAUCUCGUACGCCGCGCAGACACCGUGGCUUCGGCAUCAGUCGAUCAGGGAUAAUAUUUUAUUCGGGUACCCGUACGAUGAGGAGAGAUAUAACGCAGUGGUGGAAUGCUGCGCGUUGAAGCCGGAUUUGGAGAUGUUGGAGGAUGGAGAUGCUACGGAGAUCGGAGCAAGAGGAGUAAGUUUGUCGGGAGGGCAGAAGGCCCGAGUUGCCCUCGCGCGUGCGGUCUAUGCGCCUACCAAAUAUGUACUGCUUGAUGAUCCUUUAAGCGCGGUGGAUAGUCAUACGGCUCGCUUCCUGUUUGAGCGGCUGUUCCAAGGACCUCUCCUUGCUCAUCGCACGGUGAUCUUGGUAACGCACCACGUCGAGCUAGUGCUCCCGGGUGCGUAUUACCUCGUGCGCAUGCUCGAUGGCCGUGUCGAUACACAGGGAAUGGUGAAGGAGCUCCGUGCUCGCGGCAUACUAGAGGACAUCGCUCACGAAGAGGAAGUCGAGGCGCACAGGGAGGAGCAGAUAGCGGAAGCUGAGGAGGCUUCGCCAAAUGCUGAGAUUGACGCCGAAUUGGAGGGCGAGAACGGCGGCAAAGCUGUUGAUAAAAGCAAGAAGCCGAGGAAGCUGAUUGAAGAUGAGAAGAGGGAAACGGGGAGUGUCAAGUGGGAUAUCUACAAGACAUAUUUGAAGGCUUCGUCCUAUUGGACCUGGACUAUUCUCUGUUUUCUUAUCCUCCUGACCCAGAUCCUCGGUGUGACGGAGAAAGUGUGGAUCAAGAUUUGGGGUGAAGCAUACGGCCCAAACAAUUCCACCUACUCUAUGUAUACGUUCACUUCAUUCGUCUCACCCGAACACGAGCUCGUCAUGGACGAUCACCUCGCAAACCUCCGCUUCUCGCACACGGCGCACACGCCGAUUACAUACUCCCGACCCGACAUUCAUUGGCCUCCUGCACAGGAUCAUCCUUUGUUCUACAUCGGCAUCUAUGCUGCGAUCGCUCUGUCUGCCGGAGCAGUCAACAUCUCUGGCGUCAUUACGCAGUAUACGGGAGCCCUGAGAGCAUCGCGACUUUUGUUCCAGCAAUUGCUUGUGAGCGUAGUCAGAGCUACCAUGCGCUGGCAUGACGUUACUCCUCAAGGCCGUAUGCUUAAUCGCUUCAGCAAGGACAUUGAGACCGUGGAUUCGUCAUUGGCAGGCUCUCUCCAAGCUGUGAACACAUCACUGGCCAACUUCCUUGCAUCGGUCAUUACCGUCGUCGUUGUCUUCCCCUUAUUCAUCUUUCCUGCCUCGAUACUCGGGUACUUCUACCGUCGUGCUGCCGUCGGCUACCUCAACACAGGCCGUGAUAUCCGUAGAAUGGAGUCCAACUCUCGAAGUCCUAUAUUUGCAAACUUUGGCGAGCUUCUGGAGGGCAUAGUCACAGUCCGUGCGUUCGGCUCCGAACAGCGCUUCCUCGAUGACUUGUACAAGAAGGUAGACCUCACGACGCAGAUGUGGUACACGUUCUGGAUGACAAAUAGGUGGCUGUUGCUCUACUUUGACACACUCGGUGCGACGGGCGUGCUUGUGACGACGCUGUUUGCCCUCUCGGGAUACGUCCGAGCUGGUACUGCCGGUAUUUGUAUCACGUCUGCUAUGGCGUUCACCAACAGUGUCUACUGGGCGUGUCGAUUUUGGACUGCGCUGGAACUCGAUCUCAAUUCCGUGGAACGUGUCGUGGAGUAUCUCGACCUCCCUCAAGAGCCUCCGGCGAUCAUCGAGAACCGCCGACCACCGGCAUAUUGGCCUUCGUCCGAGGGGCCAAACAAGGACUCCAUGAUCUCUGUCGAGGAUCUUGAGAUCAGAUAUGCACCUGAACUCCCUGCGGUGCUCCACAACGUGUCCUUCCAGCUGAAGGCUAAGGAGCGCGUUGGGCUGUUGGGUCGGACGGGGAGCGGGAAGUCGACGCUUGCGAUGAGCAUCUUGCGCUUCGUUGAUCCGACGAGUGGCCGCAUCGUCAUUGACGGCAUCGACAUCUCGACUAUCGGGCUACAUGAUCUCCGAUCACGACUUACGUUCAUUCCUCAGGAUGCAACUCUUUUCUCGGGAACGUUGCGCGACAACCUGGAUCCCUUCGGUGAACACGAAGACAGCGAAUGUCUGGACGUUUUAUACCGAGUGCAGAUGAUGUCCGACAGCCAACUGGCCUCUCAGAAAUCCUCUCGCGAACCUUCGCGUCCUGCCUCUAUCCACGAGGGCAGAGAGGGCACCAUUGCAUCCGUGGCGACGACAGCGACAGAGACGGAAGCGAAACCGAGCAUCACCCUCGACAUGCAGGUCUCUCCGGGUGGGACGAACUUCUCACAAGGACAGAGGCAGCUGAUCGCGAUGGCACGAGCGCUUCUCCGCCGGAGCUCGAUCAUUGUCCUCGAUGAGGCGACCAGCAGUAUCGACUUCGCCACUGAUGCUAAGAUCCAAGCUACGAUUCGCGAGGAGUUCAACGACUCGCUGCUGUUGACGGUGGCGCAUCGUUUGCGCACUGUCAUUGACUACGACCGUCUCCUCGUUCUGGACAAGGGCGAACUCAUGGAGUUCGAUACGCCAUAUAACUUGAUCCAGAAGGAGAACGGUAUCUUCAGGAGCAUGUGCCUGAAGAGCGGGACGUUUACGGAGCUAGAGACUGCUGCAAGAACGAAGGCUGAGAGUCUUCAACAGUAAGGCUGCAACGAGUAUAGCAUGGGAUUGUGCACACGUACCAAAAUACCUCUCGUGGGUUGCGCUGCCGGAAUCAUUGUAGCCUUUCCGGCGUGUCAUUGCUGGGACAUUCAUCGUCUACUUUUCAUGUCCGUGACCUGGUCGCUGUAUGUUGCUGAUGUUGUCUAUAUAUCUGUGGAAUUACUGGAUUCUAUUACUACAAGGUGGA